AUGAAGACCGCCGCGAUCGUGCUAUGGAGCCUCAUAGCUAUGGCAUUAGCCAUCCCACUCGACUCGGUGGCAGCAGACCCCGACGCCGAAAUAUGCCAGGCCUUCUGCGACGGCGCGUGCCCGGAAGGAUGGACGAAGAAGGCGGACGACACGGGCGCUGGCGCGGCGCGGGCCAACGUUUGGCUUGGAGGUUCUGAGAGCUGGGCUGGUGUUUCCGAACACCUCCGCUUAUCGCCUGUCCCGAUUGAAAAUCGUCCUGAUCCCCGUGAUAGUAACCCAUCCGAUGACAACAACAGUAACAGCCAGCCGAAUCUCCCUGACGAUGUCCACGGCAGCGGGCCCGAAGUGAAUGGCGUGGAUGUGGUUUAUCGCGCCCGAGUGCGCUGCUGA